GCAUUCUUUUUCUACUGCUACGUAAGCUGGAUCGUCCAGUAUCGUUUUGACCGUUAGACAGAUUGGUUAAAAAAUUAACAAAAUUAUUUUUAUAUUUCUAUUUGAAGUAAUAAAUUUGAAGUGAACUUACCAAUUGAUCAUAAAAAUGGGCACCCAAUACCCAAACAAAAUCAGUGCUUUAGUCGAGCUGAAAUCUAAAUUGGCAGAGCACCAAAAGUUACACAAGAUUGAAGACAUACUUGACGAUGCAAUGCUGAUUGGAUUUCUUAACGGGAAGAAGUACAAUGUUAACGAUUCCUUAAAAUGUUUGGAGCAAUUUGUCUACAUCAGAACGGAAAAGUAUCCCAGUUUUUCUAUGAAAUAUUUGAUUCCGUCAACUCUACCAAUGUUGGAUGUGCAGUGUAUUAGGACUUUAAAAUAUAUGGAUAAGGGAUGUAGGCGCAUUGGUGUUGGACAAAUUAGUUUGUGGGAUCCAUCCAAAAAUAAUGUGCACGAACUCCUCGCUGAGAACGUUUUACAUUUGGACGAAUCCAUCCGAAAUUAUAUGACACAUUCGGAAGGAAACGAAUUUAUCAUGAUUAUUGACAUGGCUGGAUUUUGUGUCCAACACUUUAGAAAUGCUACUCCGAGUCGGAUUGUGCAAUAUUUCGAUUUUUUUCUGAACAAUGCUCCAGUUAGAGUUGUGGCAAUCCAUCUACUGAAUCUUAGCAAGAUGGGGAAUAUAGUAGUAUCCGUGUGUAAGAGAUUCAUGAAGGAAAAGAUACGCAAAAGGCUUUUCAUCCACGAUGAUUUUGCCUCGCUUCAUGACCAUCUUCCAGCCACCGCUUUACCAGUUUCACUCGGAGGCCAUCUCAGUGACGAGGAUGCUUUCGAAAACGAAUUCGUCCCCGGGAUUCGAAACCAAGAAAGGUUUUACACACGAAUGGCAGAACUUGCAAUGGUGUCUUAAUUUUAUUUUCAUAGGGAAGCAAUAAGUAUUCAGUGUAUGCAUGCAAGUAUAUAGAUUACACAUUUAUUGAACUAUACCACAGGUUGAAAAGCACUAUACUGGAUGAAUAAUAUGCUGAAAAUUGUAUUUAUUUACCUUGUGAGCAAUACUAUAUGUGAUAUAAUUAUGGUACUAAAUAAUUGUGUAUGAUCUACUAGUAAGUAUUUAUGUACAUGCGUGCGGUAACAUGUCAUUAAUCACCAUGAUUUCGACAUAUUUACAAUGCCUCGGUGACCGAUUGCCCGCACCUAAGAAAAGCUCAAAUUUUAAUAAUUAUUUAAUUAACAAAAUUCCCAGUCCCAGUCAGUUCCCAUCUUUACAAAUAGUCAAGGAUUUUAGAAAUUAAAAAUGUUUGUAUUUAUUCUCGUCAGUUGUUCCAGGAUAAUUGUAAAGUGCCGGUUUUUAUAUGUUAUGUGAUAUUCAUUUGUAAACAGAUUAAACCAGACACCAUUUAUGAAUAAACUACUCUAAUUCUGUAACAAUGUUUAUCACCUAUUUAUGUAACUUGUAACUGCAAAAAUAAAAACUAACAUUUAAGUUGUUAGGUACAUAUUUAUGUACUUGAUACUAUCUAAUUUAAAA